CCAAAACAGUUGAGCGCCGGUCGAAGAAGCGAACACAACGCGGUUGCGCAUGCGCGUGGAUCAUGUACGGAUCGGACGUGUUUGAAAUUCACAAUUCAAAUAUUGGCUAAAAGAGCGUUCUAUAACCAUAAAAGUGUUCUGUGACAAGUGACCGACACGGCCUAAACAAAUUCAAAUUUAUAACCAACACCAAAAAAAAACAAGCAUGCGUGAACGCAGUCAAACGACCCCAAGAAGGCGACGAGCCGGUCCAAAACAGGCCUUACCUGGCAGCUCCGCGGAGGGAGUGGGCGCCCUGGAAUCCCCCUAUUACACGAUUGACAACACGGAGGACAUAUAUGGCACCACGCUGCUGCCCUCGCAGCGCUGCUAUGUGGAUCCCUGGGAUCUGGAGAACUAUGAUUAUGUCCGCAAGAAGAUCGAUGAUGUCACCGGUGGAGGUGGUGGUGGUGAUGGUGAGGCAAUUGAACCUGCCUACGGAGGCGGUGGAAACUCGCUGUCUCCAAGUCCCACAUACGGAUACGGAGUGGGUGCAUGUGCGGGUGUGGGUGUGGGCAUGUCGGCCACAAUGCCACGCCCCCACACCCAAAGUCGCCGGGUGUCGCGUGCCCAGUGCCAACUGGAGUGCUGUGUGCCCCAAAGGACUCGUCGCCGGAGCCGCAGCGCUCGCAAGGAGCCACUCUAUACGGCCAGGAGCGACAUCUACGGAGUGCCCAGCCGCUACGAGGACUACAUGGCCACCAUGACCAGGCAGUUGCAGCUGGACAACGGCGAGGAUGAGGAGCCGGAGGAUCUUUACGGCGAGGAGCAGCGGCAACUGUACAAUGGCUUUGGAGGCUUCUCCAGCACCAGUUCCACGGAGCAUCCCUCCUCCAUUGGCGAUGAGCAGCCCGUUCUCCAGCGACGUGCGGCCACGAUGCAGCGCCGCUCGGUGCCCAGCGAGAUGCAGCGGAGCACCAACAUGGCCGGCGGCUAUGGAACUGCCCCCCAUCCGCGGCGCAAGCGGAGCGGUAAGGCGGCGCCCAUGGCCACUCCGCCGCAGAUCGAUUUUCCCGCACCGCCGCCACUUUCGCCCGCCUACGACUACUGCAAUCCCUAUGCUACACUGCCGUACUGCAGCAUACCGGAUUGCAGCGAAUGCCAGCAGCAGAUCUACGCCGCACCCUCCGCCCUCUACGGAACCAUGGGCGGCGUGGUGGGUGGUGAUGGCAGUCGGGUUAGGGGCUCAUCGCCCCAUCAUUCCAGCGGUGGCGACUCGUCGCUCUACUCGGGAAUUUACGCCCGUAAAUUCGGACUGAGCAAGAAGGGUCUGCUGCAGAUCGACUACUCAUGCAGUUGGAACGAUCUGGACAGGGUGAUGCAGCGCCAUUACUGAGAUCCAUGGGUCCGCAUCCACGUGGGCCUGGGAUUUGGGUGUUUGGGUUAGGCUUACUACCAUCACGUUUGCACCAAUCGCGAACAGAAACCUUAUUGUCAUUUAAGUCAUUUUGCAUUACAGAUACACACAAACGCACACACACACACUGAAGACCAAAUAACUGAAACAUGUUUGUCGUAGAUAUAUAGUGUUUUCAUAUUCAUAUUUACCGAAUAAACAUUUUGAAGUCAAGCAUUAA